AUGCUGCCGUCUCCCAACCCAACCGAGUCCUACUGGACCCGAUCCCGGAUCCCCCUCCCAUCCCCGUCCCCGUCUCCGCCCCGUGCCUCCCCCGCCUCAACAACCAUCCUCGUCCUCGGCACCGGCAUAACCGCCGCCUCAACCGCCUCCUCCCUCCUCGCCCUAACCCCGUCCACAACCCACCUUGUCGUCCUCGACGCCCGAUCCCACUGCGACGGCGCCACGGGUCGCAACGGCGGCCACUGCAAGCUCGUGCCCUACGAGGAGCUCGACAAGCUGUCGAGGCGGUUCGGUGAGGAGAGGGCCGUUGAACUGGUGAGGUUUCAGAUGAGGCACUUGGAGUGUUUUAGGGAGGUUUGUCAGGUGCUGGAUGAGGGGGUCGAUGAAGAGGAGAGGAAGACGGAGUUUAGGGAUGUUGAGACGGUGGAUGUUUUUCUGGAGAGGGAUUUGUUUGAGGAGGCAAAGGGGAAGGUGGAGAGGUUGAGGAGGGUUAUGCCUGAGGUGGACGUCCACGUUUGGGAACCUGCUGAAGCAAGAGAGCGCUUCGGCCUCAAUACGCUCCCGUAUGGCGCCAUCUCCUACCCAGCCGGCGCCCUCUUCCCCUACCGCCUCGUCACCAAUCUCUGGACCUACCUCCUCAAAACCUACCCAUCCCGCCUUACCAUCCACUCCCAUACACCAGCAACUUCCAUCUCCCUGUCCUCCUCCCCUUCAUCCCCUCCGUUCCUCGUCCACACCUCAACAGCAACAGCCCCCUUCGCAGCCCACCACAUCAUCCACGCCACAAACGCCUACGCGACCCAUCUCCUCCCUAACCUAAAGCCGAACCUAGCCCCCGUAAAAGCCCACAUGACUUGCCAAACACCAGGGCCUGCCUUCCCGGCUCCGGACCCGCCCGGGUCGCGGUCCUGGAGCAUCAUCUACCCCAACGGCUUUGACUACGUGACCCAGCGCCCGGGGCCUCCUUCGCAUCUCCUCAUCGGCGGCGGGUGGGCCCGUUCGGGACAUCAGGGGCGAGACAUGGUGGGUUCAUCCGCCGACGGCGAUAUCGAUCCCCUCACCGUCGCACAUCUGGCUGGCGUGUUCCCCGCCGUGUUUUCUCCCAGUUGGGGCGGCGCUUUGGAUUCCGCCUGGUCGGGCAUCGUUGCCGUUACGGGCGACGGGCUGCCUUUCGUUGGGCAGUUACCUAGUCCUGUUACUGAACGCGAGCCUAAAGAAGAAGAAGAACCUGACGAUGAACGUGGUGCCGUUAAACCUGCUGAAUGGAUCGCCGCCGGCUACAAUGGUGAAGGCAUGGUUUACGCCUGGCUCUGCGCAAGUGCGCUCGCUGACCUCGUCGCGGGGAAACAAGAUGAGGAACUAGAGCCCAGGCUCGGAGUCCCCGGCGGGAAGCUUGCCAACUGGUUCCCCCAUGAGCUAUACGUUUCCGAGAGCCGACUUCGACGUGCCGUGCUAAGCUCGGACCCAGCCGAGGCGUUUUCCUCUCCGCUUCCAAGUUGA